AUGACACCGUCGACAGAGACUAUCGAUGCUUUCAUCAACGCAAUUCAUGAUAAUGAUUCAACUGUUCGAGAGGCAGGAUGCGAGGCGCUUUGUUGGAUGCGCGAAAAGGUAGCGAUGAAAAAAGUGAUCAAUAGUCUCAUCAAAGUACUUCGUGAUGAUAAAGAUGCACACGUUCGAGAGGCAGCCUGCAAAGCCUUAGGCGGUAUUGGCGAGAAAGCAGCAACAGAAGAGGUAAUCGAUGGUCUGAUUCAUGUACUUCGUGAUGAUGAAGACGCAAACGUCCUAGUGGCAGCCUACGAAACCUUAAGCGAUUUUGGCGAGAAAGCAGCAACAAAAGAGGUGAUCAAUCAUCUUCUCAAUGUACUUCAUAAUGAUAAACAUGUAGACGUUCAAAGAGAUGCGUGUUAUGUAGUUAUGAGGAUGGGCGUAAAGGCAGCGAAGGUGGAAGUGAUCAAUACUCUCAUCAAUAUACUUUGCGAUGGCAAAUAUGCAUACGUUCAAGACGCAGCGUGUGAGGCAUUAGGAGCAUUGGGCGAAAACGCAGCAACAGAAGAGGUAAUCAAUCAUCUUCUCAAUGUACUUCAUAAUAAUGGAGAUGCAAAGGCCCAAAGAGCAGUGUGUCUAGCACUUCAGAAAAUGGGCGUAAAGGCAGCGAACGAAAAAGUGAUCAAUAGUCUCAUCAAUAUACUUCGUGAUGACAAAUAUGCAUACGUUCAAGACGCAGCGUGUGAGGCAUUAGGAGCAUUGGGCGAAAAAGCAGCAACAGAAAAGGUAAUCAAUGUUCUUAUCAAUAUAGUACGUGAGCACUCUUCAAAUAGAUUUUCACGUACCCAAUACGCAGCCGGCAGGGCACUUCGCGCUAUUGGUGAAAAAGCGCCGACCAGAGCAGUAAUCGGUUGUCUUCUCAAGGCAAUUGAUGAUGUAGAUUUAAGGGUCCAAGAACUAGCGUGCAAUGCGCUGUUUUUGACUGAAUCAAUAGUUGAUUGUAAUAUGGUGUUGGUUCAUUUGAUUGAGACUUUUGAAACGACUACGUCACGAGAAAGGAAAACAUACCUUGGCAGCGCUUUGGCUAGGGCUGUAGUUUCAUACAAUGCAUUGAGGGAUUUAAAGUCAAACAUGAUCACGAAGCUAUGUGAUUUUUGUAAAAAUGAUGGAUAUAUUCACUGGGAAUGGGUUCCUUGUGAUCAUUUUAUGAAGUACAUUGAGAAGAUGAUUGAUUACCUCUUCUGUUGCUGCGUUUUCGC